AUGUUGCAGCAAUGUCAGUCUCGGCGUCUCCACACUGAAUUUCUGCUCCGCAGGAGGUUUUCCAUGACAGGACUCGUCUCUGAGACCUUGUGUUACCUCGUUCUGAUCCAGGAACCAAAGAACUGGACCGAAGCCCAGUCAUUCUGUAGGAAGUUUCACCUGGACCUGGCCACGGUUCAGAGCGAUCAGGACAGAGCUAUGAUUAAGGAGAUCAACAGUCUCACAAGUUUGAGGGCCUGGAUUGGACUGUACGACAGCGUAAACUCUUGGUGCUGGUCCUUCCAAGGUCAGAACAUAGUGUAUACAAACUGGGGGCUCAACGAAGACACGACCUCCAGCACUCAGAGGAUGUGUGGCAUGAUUAAAUAUGGUGGAACCUGGCAUGUUGUCUCUUGUGAUGAACAAAAAGACUUCUUUUGCUACACUGGAAAUAACACUGGACAAAAAUUUCUUCUCUUCAAGCAAAAACUGACAUGGCAUGAUGCUCUGCAAUACUGUAGGAGGUACCACCGCGACCUGGCCAUCAUUAGAUCCCUCACUGACAACAGGAUCAUAGAAAAUCUAAUGGCUUUAUACUCUGUGUUUGACACCUGGAUUGGGCUGUCCAACAACCUGUGGCUGUGGUCGGACCAGAGCAGUGUGAGCUGGCUGUCUUUGAAAUGGAUUUCAGGAGAGCCUGAUAACCGCAAUGGGAAUGAAAAGUGUGGGUUUGUCCUACAGUCUGGAUUGAUCGGGGAUAAAGGAUGUUUGGAGCAGAUACCCUUCUUCUGCACUAAAAGGAGGCAAAUGCAGCUUGUGCGAGUGGCAGUGAAAUCAUCCGGACAUCUGGAUGAAUCUGCAGUGAUGGCGGCUGUAGAAGAGAAGAUCAAUCAGAUCCUCAAGGAGCAGAAUAUGGACGCGGGAUCCAGCUUAACAUGGAAAGUCCAGCCUAAUGGGAAGAUCUUCCAGCAGCAGAAAAAUGACACACAAAACACAAGAACAAAGUGUUAAGAAAGAUUCGCUGCUGCUCUUUUGCCAUAAUCAAAAUCCCUGAAAACUAUAAUGAAUGUUCUGACAGAUGUUUUAGAUACACUUUAUUUUACAGUGUCCUUGUAAAUUGCAAGUAAUUAUUAUAGUAUAUUAGUUGCAUAAUUACAUGCAACUGAACCCUAUAGUAAACACGUGUUGUUAAUUUAUUUCACUCAGUACUUCAUUAAUUGCAAUCUAACAAGGACACCAUAGUAAGUGUAAACAAUGUUUUC